GUAUGUCAUGAUGAAGUAGACCAUUGCUGUGGGCCUCAUACCCCAAUUUUAUUUUAUUUUUUUUAACGUGUACUUUUGGUUUGGGCCUGUGGAUGGUGUUCUGUCCCUGUGGCCCCUCUGGCUGUGGGUCUGUUGAUCCUAUUGUCUUCUGCAUCAACACUCGUGGUCUGGUGCAUAAAGGGCAUCUGGUUAGCAGCUUAGACUAUACGGCAGGCAUGAAAAGCAGCCAUCAUAGCCCAUUCGCUCACAUCUGCUCAGUGGUGCGACAAGGACGAGGACUGAGUCUAUGUGACUGGGGGACUGGAGUUCAGUUCACCCCACAGGCCCCAGGAGCAACGGACUGAACUGGACUGCACUGGUGCUGGUGUGCAAAGCUAAUACACAACUAUGGGAGACUGGAGCUUCUUAGGGAAUAUUUUGGAGGAAGUAAACGAACACUCCACUGUCAUUGGCCGCGUUUGGCUCACAGUGCUGUUCAUUUUCCGCAUUUUAAUUCUGGGCACGGCAGCAGAGUUUGUCUGGGGAGACGAGCAGUCUGAUUACGUGUGUAACACUCAGCAGCCAGGUUGUGAGAACGUGUGUUACGACGAGGCCUUUCCGAUCUCCCACAUUCGUCUAUGGGUGUUACAAAUCAUUUUUGUAUCCACACCUUCGCUUGUAUACGUCGGCCAUGCUGUCCAUUACAUCCACAUGGAGGAAAAGCGAAAGGAGCGUGAAGAAGCCGAGGUUAGCCACCAACAGGAAAUGGGCGAGGAGCGUCUUCCAGUACUGACGGAUCAGGGAAGUGUUCGCACCACCAAGGAGACCAGCACGAAGGGUAGCAAAAAGUUCAGACUCGAGGGUACUUUGCUGUUCACCUACAUAUGUCAUAUCAUCUUCAAAGCUAUUUUUGAAGUAGGCUUUGUAGUUGGACAAUACUUCCUCUACGGUUUCCGCAUCCUGCCGCUGUACAAGUGCAGUCGUUGGCCGUGCCCCAACACGGUGGACUGCUACGUCUCCCGGCCCACCGAAAAGACUAUCUUCAUUAUUUUUAUGCUCGCAGUUGCUUGCGUUUCACUGUUCCUCAAUUUUGUGGAGAUCAGCCACCUUGCCUUGAAGAAGAUCCGCUUUGCGUUCCACCGACCAGCUCCUGCUAGGUUGGAGCCUCUUGGUCCACCUGAGAGGAGCUUACCGUUUCUCCUAACCACCCCUGUCCAGAAAGCCAAAGGUUACAGGCGCCUUGAAGAGGAGAAGAAAGAUGAGGUGGCACACAUAUAUCCGCUAGUUGAGGUCGGUAUGGAAAAGGGACAGUUCUUCUCACCUCAUUUAGAGAAGGAGCAGAAAAGGAGUCAAGAGGUGGUUAUGCCAACAGCGCCACCUGUAGAGGAGACAAUCAUAUGCGAUGAGACUCAACCCUCCUUUAUUCAGGUCUCAGAGACACUAUCAGAGCUUUCACCAGAGGAACCACUUCGGCAAGGAGAUGAGGUAGACAGCUUGAAGACUCUGACAGCUUUAUCAGAAGUACUGGAGGAGCGAUCAGAAGGGGGAAGUGUGGAGGAAACGUAUUUAAUAACACUUGAGGAGAGUUUGGAUAUAGAUCUAGGACAACCAACCUGUAGAGAGGUGACUGAGUCAGCGAAAGAGAGUAGCUUAGUAGAUGCUGAGCCAACACAAGAGGAAAACCUUUCAGGAGCUGGAGAGGAGAAGGAAACCUCGCAGGAAAUUGGGGAAAAAGAGCAUAACACCUUUAAGGUCCAGGAGUUGAGGGAAGAAGAGAGUUUACCUGAUGUGGUUAAGGAAGAGGCAGCAGUUGAAGAGAAGGAACUUUGUGAAAUUGAGCCUUUUGUAAAUGAGGACAUUUUGAAAACUUUAGAUGAUGGUAAGAUUGCUGGAGAUCUGGAUGUGUCUAAAAUAACUGAGGGGGAACAAGAGGCUUUAGGGGAAGUUGCAGGGUCAAAUUUAUCAGACACAGAGCCCAUUGGGGAUGAAGUGGAUAUGGGAAACGACCAAACUAAGGAGGUUGUAGAAGAUAUAGAAGGGGGUGGAGAUCAAUGUGAUGUAGUAGACUUAGAAGUGGGCACAGCUUUAGAGGAAGUAGUAGAUAUAGGAAAGGGUGAACCUAUAGAGGAUGCAGGAAGUUGUGCUUUCGAAGAUGUAUUACAUACAGGUAAGGACGAAGCCUUAGGAAGUCCAAAUGAAGAUAGACCUUUUGAGACUGCAGACAGUAAAGAUGAGGAGGCUCUAGAUGAAGCUGUGGGACUUGCUGUUGACACUAAACAGGUGGAAACUUUGGGAAAGGAGGAGGUAUCCUUGGAGAUAGAGGGUCCAGAGGAGGUCCAAGUCUCUAGGGAGUGGGAUGGGUCAGGAAAAAAAGAGGAUUCUGUGGAAACUGGAGGCCCUGAGAAGGAGGAGUGUUCUGAAGAAAUGAAGGCCAUGGAGGCCACAGAGGAGAUUAUAGAUGUUCCACUUGUAGCUCUGGAAGUAGAGACAACAGAGGAAACGAGAUCUUUAAGUCAACUUAGCAAAGGAAGCAGCAGAGCCAGGUCAGAUGAUCUUACAAUCUGACUGAACAACAAGCAGAAACUUAACAUAGAAAAAUUCCAAAAUUCCCAAGUGUCACAUGAUUUAUUGAAUGAUUGGACAAGUAUGUUUUCUUGAAUAGAGGAUUUCAAAAUGCCAAAUUUGAUGCCAAGUAUGAUCAUCCCCUUGUAGGGGAACCCUUUACGAAAGUAUAAAGGCAGCUAUAUAUUUUCGUUUUUUAACACAGGUUUGUCUAAAAAGAAAGGCAAAUGUGCAAAAACAAUAAAUGACUGGUAUGAAUAACUUAUGGAAAUAAAAAAAUACAAAAUCUUGUAUCUAAAAAGUAGUAGCUUAUUUCUCACAGUUAAAAUUACUAAGGACAAAUACUAUAAUCUUCAAACAUAUUCAUAAUAUCCGUUUAGUCUUGGUUUUAAAAAGAUCUUUCUUUCUUUAUUCAGUUUAUUAUACUGUAAAUCCCAUGCAAGAUCACAGGCAGUCACAGUGAAUUUCUGAAUCUGUCUAUUGCUUUGAAUAUUUAUGUUUAACUAUAUAUUCACCCGUCAUUGUUUUAUGAUUAUCCUGGGCCAUAAUUGUGUUAUUGUUUAUAAAUCUAUUUAUUUCUAUUCAUUUUCAGUAACAUCCAGACUGCUGAUAUCAGGUUCAUUAAAAAGACAGAAUAUUGUAAUUGAGAACUGGGUUUAAGUGCGGGUAGUAAGAUUAAUAUUUAUAUAAACCGUAUCACAAAAAAUUAAAGUAAAUUUUAUGAUGUGUGUAAUACCUCUGC